AUGGUGCGUACGAUGUUGGAUCAACAGAUGGAAGAAACAAAACGUUUACUUCAACAAAGUAAGGAUGGACUUACUAUGCCAGUACGUCAUGCAUCUGUUCUUGAGGAAACUAUCUCGAUUGCUAAGUCUAUUGAUGAAAUGAUCAAUGACAGGACCGCAAACAAGGUUGAAGUUGGCAAGAAGUGGAAAUUUGAGGGGUCUCCAAGGCCCAACAAGAACAACAUAUUCUCAAAGUCUGGCAAAAGAGGAGGUAAAGGAAAAUGGUGCGGGAAGUGCAAAAAUAAACACUCUGAGAAUUGUGACAGGAAGGUGAAGUGCUUUAGGUGUGGAGAAAUUGGGCAUUACGCCAAUCAGUGUACGAUUCUCAAGGGGGUGUGUUACGUAUGUAAGGAAGAAGGCCAUAUUUCUAAGGACUGUCCGAAGAAAAAUGAAGUAACAAGGCCAAGUGCACCGCCAAUGCCAAGGGAAUUUCAGAAUAUCGUUGACAAAGCAAAUAACACCGCUAGGAAGUAG